CGCGUGACGUCACCGCGCGCGCCGAAGCCCGGGUCGAGCCGCAUGGCUGCGGGCUGCGGGGAGUCUCCGCGGCCCAGGGCGGCCCCGGCGAGGCCCGCGGCGGCUCAGGCCGGGGUCCUGCCCUGCCUGGAGCUGCCGAGCUACGCCGCGGCGUGCGCGCUGGUGAGCAGCCGCUACUCGUGCCUGGUGGCCGGCCCGCACCGCAGGCACAUCGCGCUGUCGCCGCGCUACCUGAGCCGGAAGCGCACGGGCAUCCGCGAGCAGCUGGACGCCGAGCUGCUGCGCUACUCCGAGAGCCUUUUAGGUGUCCCUAUUGCAUAUGAUAACAUCAGAGUUGUGGGUGAACUGGGAGAUAUUUAUGAUGACCAAGGACACAUUCACCUUAAUAUUGAAGCAGAUUUUGUUAUUUUCUGCCCUGAGCCAGGGCAGAAGUUAAUGGGCACAGUUAAUAAAGUCUCCUCUAGUCACAUUGGCUGUCUAGUGCAUGGGUGUUUUAAUGCCUCUAUCCCUAAACCUGAGCAGAUGUCCUAUGAGGAGUGGCAGACCUUGGAGAUAAAUGUAGGGGAUGAGCUGGAAUUUGAUGUAUUUCGCUUAGACUCAGAUUCUGCGGGAGUCUUCUGCAUUCGGGGAAAACUAAAUGCCACAAGUUUGCAGCUUAAGAGCUCUGUAGUUUCUGAAGACAUAGCAGAAACUGGCAUUGAAGAGGUUGCUGAAAAAAUUUCAAAGAAGAAAAAGAAGAAGAAGAAAGACACAGAAGCAGAUGCAGCAGCCAACGGUGUCCCGGAGCUAGCAGAUUGUGCAGACGUCACGCCAAGGGAAGAAACAGACCUACUGUGUGGAGAUUCUGUGAAUGACCUCUGUGAGGAAGAGCCAAGGAAGAAGAAAAAGAAGAAGAAAAGGCACCAGGAAGAGCAGGACCCUGCUCUCCAAGCCAGUGACUCCAGUGGCUAUCAGAGUGACCAUAAGAAAAAGAAGAAGAAAAGGAAGCAGAGUGCAGAGAUCGACUCUGUCACCUAAGAGGAGACCGCGACUGCCUUCUCCAGGGUUGACAGACUUUACAGUAGUGCUGAUGGACAGAUUCUGUGGAAGGUCGGAAAUGCUGAAAUAUGUGGGAAGUUCACGGACACACGAUUCUAAUUGGAGCGUUUUGUACUAAAAUCACACGAGUGACUGUAAACUUUAGAUAAUUGCAGUAUUGUUAAAGUAUGAUUUAUUACAUACAGUAUAAAAUGUUAACAGCUGCUUCCACUCCUGUGAUAAAUUAUACGUUUUCAAUAUUUGCCAAAGAACUUUAUAAAUACUUUCAGUUUUUUUUUUCUGAUAAUAAAUUUUGCCUUUAGUCAGAACAUGAUUUUUUUUUAAUUUUUAAAAGCUCAAUACAUUUACUAGUUUUAAAUUUUCUUUAAACAAUAUUUCUAUUUUUUUGUUUGUCUGUUUGGUUGGUUUUUUGAGACAGGGUUUCUCUGUGGUUUUGGAGCCUGUCCUGGAACUAACUCUUGUAGACCGAGCUGGCCUCGAACUCACAGAGAUCCGCCUGCCUCUGCCUCCCAAGUGCUGGGAUUAAAGGUGUGUGCCACCACUGCCCAGCUCAGUAUUUCUCUUUUACUGAGUACAUUGUAUAGUUAAAGAAUACCUAGACCUCUUACUUACCCAGUGACUGUCGGUGUUGACUGUGUGGUGGAUGGGAAACUCGUUCUCUCCUCCCAGGAAAGGGGUGUGUGUGUGUGCACCUGCCUAACCCUGAGACUGUUGGGAAGGGCUGUUAACUUUUACCUCAUGUCUCUGGUCUUCAUUUUGUUGUGUAUGGAUCAUGAACAAAAUGAAGAUAGGAAAAAUGCGAUUCUUACUAGUUGAAAAUUUGUAGUAACUUUAUAAUGAUUAGAGUUAGGCUACUAGAAUUGCUUUUAUUGAUAAAAAUGUGGAAUAUAUUGCGACUAUCUAGAAAGAUGGUCAUGAGAGGAUAAACUGUUUGAGGCUCAUAAUCAAUCCAUAACCAUGCAUUUACAGACAUUUAAUAUCUGUAAUGUUUUUAUUAAGGCAAGGAUAUAUAGAGUUAAAUGUAGCACGAUUACCUGAACGACAGAAAAGCAAAACAGCCAGCCACUGGCUCUUAUCUCUACCUCAGCUCGAAAUGGUGAUCCUGCCUUCAGGAAUCUCAGAAUGACCCUGUGUCUGCUGUCUCUUCCUGUUUUAUAAUCCUCUCCAGGGCUGAGAUUAAAGGCGUGCACCACUACCACAGGUUUCUAUGGCAAACUAGUGUGGCUACUUAGAUUAAAAGGUGUGUGUCACCGCUGCCUGAUCUCUAAGGCUGAUCAAUGCUGCAACUUCAGGCAAGCUUUAUUUAUUAAAAUGCAAAUGCAGUGUAGCUCUUCCUUUAAGCAACAUGGGAGAAGAAUUGUGUAGCCACACAUAGAAAAAUGAAACUAAAACCUUUUCCCUCACCCUUCCUAACACUCAGAAUGAAUCAAGGCAUACAACAUAAAACCCGAUACACUGCAUCUGAUAGAGUACAGGGGAAAUGCUUCAACCUGUAGGCUCAGGAAAGGGCUUUCUCAACAUAUCAGAUGGAAUCUCAAAGUAGUUUUAACAAGCAUUUCCCUGAUGUUUGGGAUGUUGAACAUGAAAACAAAAUGUCUCUUAGACAUUUGUAUCUCAUAUUUUGAGAAUUCACUAUUUAGUUCCAUGCCUCAUUUUUAAAAUUUGGGUUGUUUCUUAAUGCUUAGUUUUCUCCCCCUUGUAUAUUCUAGUUCCUAUCCCUCUGCCGAUGUAUGCUGGUAAAGGUGGUUUCUUAUUCUUCACCUGACAGAUGGAAUUGUCUCCUACACAGAGGCUUUUUAGCUUCAUAAAGUCUUGUUUUUCAGUCGUCUGUGCUAUCACAGCCCUGGGUAAAACAGUGGGAUAGAAGCUAAAGGGGAGUAAGGAAUGGGAAGGGAUAAUGUGGUGGCGGAUGAGAGGGAAGACAUGCAGAGGGAUAACUAAUGCUAAUGCCUUUUGGAAAAGUCAUAUGGAAAAUUACUGUAGAAACUUCUUAACAUAUAUACACACAUAUAUUUAAUAAAAAACAGUUGAAAUAGCUGCCCUGGGCUCUCCAAGACACCGUAGGCUGACAUCAUCUUACCUAGAAUUUUCCACACAAACCUCAUGUACACAUUCUUAUUAGUAUCUAUCAUAAUUGCUUGCCUUUCUUUUGAGAUACCACCUUUAUUUUGUGAUUAAUCUAGUACAACUUCCUCCUAAAAUUCACUUUCACAAGGGACGUUGGUAUCAUAGUUCUACCUAUGUGUAAACUACGUGGAGAAUAAUUGAGCUUCAGCUCCCUUAGAUUCAACUAAUAAAUACUUAAUUAUAUACACACAUAGAAUAUACACAUACAGACAGAAAGAGAGGGAGCAGGAGAGAGAUUUUGAAUUGGGUUACCCUACAAUGGGUACCAAAGGCCAAUGAAUAAAUAUGAAUAUAAAUAAUAUAUAUUUUUAUCACUGAGGUCCCAUAGACUCCUUAACAUUAUGGAAUAUUGCUAAUGUUCUUUGUUGCCCUCAAAAACUUGGUACAGACGUCACACCCUUGAGUCGUAGAACAUGGAGGAGUGAUUCUGGCACAGACAUGAAGGCUUUAUUCCUUUCACAGUGCUGGAGGGCGCUAUGUGCGUUACCAGAGGAGAAAUGCAGUCAUCAGUCUUACCUAGCAACACACUGCAAGCUACCAUACCAGAUAUGGCAAGACAUACAUACAACAGUGCUAUAAAUGUCAAGAGAAACCAACCCCUUUCUGAUUGGGUUUAAGGUCGUCUCCACAGGACUAAACCCGUAUUUAGCAUUGUUAUUGAGGCCAAGAACCUAUAGCUAGAAAGAUCAUCAGUAGACAUAGGAGAGAACUUACCACUAUUAUUCUGGUAAAUGGAUAAAGCUGACUACUAAAAACUUAUCAUUAUACCCACAUAUCCAUGCACCUAUCAUCACCCACCAAAGACACAUUUUGCAACAGAUGUUGAUUACCAGAGAGACUCACAAAUGGCCAUGAAGAGAACAAGAAGCCACGGCUGAGUCCCAAAUGGACUUCUGUUUCACGUGCCUUCCCCCAGGUCUCAGGGAUCAUUGAGAAAGAGCAGGUAGAAAGAGGGUAAGAGCGGAGGAGUGGAUGGCUACAAUGAAAUACUUUCUAGAUAAAGCAAGGACAUUGUAUAUAGAACUUAGGCAGUAUCCACAGACCUGCGCAAGCACAAGGCGCAAGCACAAGGCGGACAGAUUCUCAGCAUGUAGAGGGAAAAUGUGCUCAAAAUCGCACACAUAACUGAUGAGAUGUUGGGAAUUGAUGGCUUCCAGGAAACAGACUCAGUUUGCUUUAAGGGUGUGGCCUCUUGUAGGUCUACCACAGUCUAAUUUAUAUGGUCAGUAUAAGUUAAACUUGGAUUUUUGUUGUUUUGGUUCGUUCUUUAACAGUUGGGUAGGGAAGGAGGAUGGAUUUAAGGGUGUUAAAUUUAAUCAAAUCACAGCGUGCAAAAUUUUCAAAUAGCUAAAAUAUUUUUUAAGUAAAAAGAAAGUUAUGGAGGCCAGAGAUGCAGUGGCUUUGGCCCUAGGAUGGUCCUUGUUUGAGCUGUCUUUGCAUUCAUCCCAAGAGAGUGCUCAUUAUUUUUCUAUUUCACAGAUAGUAAACUGCUAAGGAUGGUCCUUGUGUGAGCUGUCUUUGCAUUCAUCCUAAGAGAGUGCUCAUUUUUCUGUUUCACAAAUAGUAAACUGAGGCAAAUCUUACGAAGUAAAAAUGAAUCUUAAAAGUCUAUAAAUCAUAAAGUAAGAACAAAAUUUAAAAUAUAAGGAAUUCUGAGUUUGGCAUUGUUUUCUUGGGCAUUUCUCUGAAACUUUGAUGCACAGUUCAACUACGGCUCACUUUAAUAUAUCAUUGGUUCCCUUUAUGAAAAGCAAAGGUUUCCCAAACAUUUGCCUCUGCACCAAUAAUUUAUUUCAUAAAACUGUGUACUUUUGUACUUUCAAAUUAGUAUUUGACACAGUGGAUCAUUUUAACCCAGCUGCCUUUUCUCAGACAUUAGAAUGCCAACCCUGUUCUUAGUAUACUCAUUGAAUAAUUGUCUUUGAAUAUAUUUAUGUGAGAACUUAGAAAAUAAAAAAAAACCGUAAUGUUACCAAGUCAAAGAAUGGAAACAGAAUCAACAACAACAACAAAAUUGACACAAGAAUUUCAGUAUCAAAUAAGUUUUAGUCUGCAUAGUUAUAAUUAGUCCCGCAUUGAUUGGAUGUAAUUAGAAAAUGCUCAGUAUCCACUGACUUGAAGAAUGAUUAGCACAAGUUAAAUUCCUUGCCAGGUUUUAUCUUUGUGGAUGAAAUAGAAGUCAAGUGAGCUAUCAAAGAAGAGCAUAGUCUAGAAAAUGAAGUUGGAAGGUACUAAUGGUCGGAGCAGGAAAGUGAGGAUAAAUAGAUGGGUCUAAUACAGAAAAGGAGUUCUUGUCCGUAGGCAAGAUCACUAGUUGAAGAGGAUCUUAAAGCAAUAAUUUAAAAACCUCACCAUAUUUUGUGUAAAGAAAUUUGUGCUUAUGAACAAGGACACCUUAAAUAAAGAAUUUGAAUUUCAAAGUGUAAA